AUGCCCGACCCAACCGAUCAGCUCGUUGAUACGCCGGACCCUACCCUAGAAAUCCAGCAGCUUGAUCACCAUCAAGCAGAUCUGGUUAUUCAAGGCUUCGACCGUCUUGUGGCGCACUCGCUUCACUGGCCAAGUAUAAUUCCUAGGGAUAUCCCAACGGAUAUGACUUUGGACGAAAUCAGUCGUGCGGUUGAUGAUAUUAUUCCCGGAACCGUACCCGAGCCAACCCAAACCACCGAUCGGCACUUCCAAGAGUUCAAAUGUUACAGACUGCACGGCAUGGCUCGGGCUAUCGGAAAAUUGGAGAUUAUGGUGUCUGUCUAUUUCCUUUCCUCCCGUAGUUUGAUUGAAGGCCUCAAGCUCCAAAAGACGGUCAGAUGGCACUACAUACGCAGUUCCGCCGUUCUUCUAAACGAAUCGAUCGAUGAAACCAUCAAAUGGAUGGAAGGAUCUGAAUUCGACUUUAUUCGGGAGUUUUGGCCCCAUGACGAGAUGCGCAGCUCAUUAACGAAUUACUACUUCCACCUGUCCUCUCCAGACUCGGAAAGACCGAUGAGUCGGCCAGCCGAGCAGCUUUUUAGAUCAGUUAUACCAAUCAUGCGACUAUCAAAACUAUUCUUUGACAAACUAGCAAGGGAGGGAAUGAAAAAGAAACUGGUACCAUUAUUUACAGAGAUGUCUUCUGGACAACUGGAAUUCUUAGAUCAAGCAGCAAGAUUCAUGAGAUAUGGUUGUGAAUGGCUGGUAAAGAUUUUGAAAUCAGCUGAUGCACGUUCACCAGAAAGUAUCAGUUCAUCUCUCAUUGACAUCAUCGGAGACCUAUCAGACCGUUUUCAACGUUAUGUAUAUCUUGCGGAACAUCAUAUAGCUCCUUUUAUAUUCCCUGACAUAAACGAGCUGUCUUCACAAAAUUAUGACAAAUCUUGGUUUGCCACUUGGCACAGUUUGUUUUCUACAGCUUCCCAAAAUGCUAUCCACGCUGCCUACUCCCUUCGCAGAACAACGUUUUUAUUAUGA